CUUUCAAAAGCGGCGGGCGGCAAAGGCGAAGGAGCCGGCGCUGCGGAGCGGGGACGCGCGGGGCUCCGUGCGCGGGCGGGUAGCGCACCCUCCCGGCAGUGUGGAGGGGUUAUGCUGCUUUGGGUGCUUCUUGUGAGGGAAAGGGGGUGGAGGGGCCCGCCCGGCCUCUCCUGGGGGUCCCGGGGCCGGUGCCCGAUUCGGCUCCUCCUCGGCUCCUCCUCGGCUCCUCCUCGGCUCCUCCUCGGCUCCUCCUCGGCUCCUCCUCGGCUCCUCCUCGGCUUUAUGGCUUGAUUUAAAAGGUGAGCGAAGGUUCUGCCAGAAACCUGCAUGAAAACCAUGAGUUCGGGAGAAGAAAGCAUCUGCUCUCCUGAUUCAACAGUAUCUUCUCUUUUAAGAAGCUUUAGUAUUGACAGCGCUAAUCCCCGCUCCAACAGUUGGGUUCAUUACAAGGACAAGUUGUAUAGCUCUGCGUCUGAGGCUUUGGAGGCUUAUAUUGAAGAUUUUGAUUUAAGUCUCACAUCUCCAGGCAUAAGCACUGGAAAAAUCUGCCUGUGUCACAGCACUCCCAAACAGACCGAGUUUUCCAAGCGUCGCGCCAAAGCAAAACGUGGUAUGUCAUCUGCAAAUACACCUUUUGCACUGGGGGAUGUCAGUCAGCUGGUGGGUUUGGGUUCUCGUGCUUCCCCCUCUGGAAGGCAGACAGAACAUGACCCGGACUCCACCAGUCUCGCAACAGAUGAUCUGUUGGCAUUUCCUGCAGAUGGGUCGCUGCCUUUUGACCUUUUGAAAUCAAGGCAUCCACGCAGUGCCUGGAACAGCCGGUCGCUUAACACGUCUCGCUGCCCUUGCCAAACCUCAUCGCUCGAUGCCAAGAGCGCUUUUGGUCUCCAGGAGGACGGGAAAGCUGUUGCUCGCCAGAAUCCGCACAAAGACUUGAGCAAAAAGAAAGACCAAGUGUCUAAACCUGAUGGGUACGAUGCUGUCGCCUCUAAGGGAAGUUCCAGACCCUUGUCUUUGGAAGAUAAUUCUUUUUCAAUGAGGAAUUACCCACGGUGGCUCACCAGCCAGAAAUCUGCCCUGAGUGUGUCAGGGAUAAGCAGCAUCCCUGAUUUUCACUACCCAGCCUGGCUGAAGAGUUACAACCUCUUUCCUGAUUCAGCUCAAAGCGAGGGGCAAAAUGUUAAUGUACAAAGCAAAGCUUCCUCUUCACAGACAUUGGAGACCCUGCGAAAAACACACUCUGGAGAUCAAGACAGUUCUAAUUGUUUUGAACAGAAGGAUUGCUGGAAUCGAAGGGGUGCUAAUAAAGUAGAAGGAAGUUGCAACUCUGAUCCAGAAGACCAGCUGGAGUUCCUUACCUUGAAGGCUGACAAAGGUCUGGAGGGUUCAACCCAAGAUGUGUCAGAUACUCCGGAAGAUGCCGCGAGUCCUUCUACCACAGAAAUACUGGGAGCAGAAAGAUCAUGGGAAAACGCUCCAGCUGCUUCCAAAGCACCGGUGCCUGUGUGCUGUGAGGACAUGGGGAGCGCUCCACCCCUCCCCAAGGCAGAGAUCAUCCACAAGUUCCUGCAAGACUGCUUGAAUGACAAAAAUAAGGAAGCCGUUUCUUGUGGCGAUCAGCAUCACAGACCCCUUGAAGCUUUGAAGCUGAUGCUGUUUAAACUUCAAGCAAUUCAGGGAAGCUUCAGCCAGCAUGAAACUGCCGAGCAAGAGGAAGAGUUGGAAAGACUUUCUGGACAAGCAGAGUCUGAAUUCAAACUGUGUGACAGUGAGAUAACCCCUCUUACUAAUUCUAUUCAAAAGGCUUUACACCAUUUGUCACGUCUCCAAAGUCUUGAAGAUAACAGCAAGCAACAAGAGCAGACCAGUGAUCGUGAAGAUAAGCAACAAAUGAAAGAAUAAUCCCUGAAGCUGAUACCUAAGAACAAUAUUCUGUAAUUGAAAUAAUUUGUCAGCCUGACCACUGCUCAAAAAUCUUUUGAAAGCUGAACCAGUGCGUGUUCCCAAAAACGUUGUAUUCAGUAUUUCUGUGCAUGUGUUAAUAUUAAUUACUUCAAAGCUUAGCUGAUUAUUAGUGCUUCCAGUAGGAUAUAACAAUAUGUGAGGAGAGAUACUGCUUUUUAAUGAGUACAUAAUUAAAAUAAUGUGAAUGUUUCCAUGGAA